UUCAACAGACUCGGGUACGGUUCUACUUCCCAACUAGACCCGUCUUCGGCCGCAAUCGCCGAAGGACCUGACGAUGACGUUCCUUCGCCAGGUCAGCAGUUCGCUCAGUUCGGCGCAGGUUGCUUUUGGGGACUGGAGUUGGCUUACCAGAGAGUUCCCGGUGUGACGAAAACAGAGGUUGGUUAUAGCCAUGGGUUCGUGCACAAUCCGAUAUACGAGGAUGUCUGUACGGGCAUGACGGGGCAUAACGAGGUUGUUAGAGUUCAGUACGAUCCUAAAGAGUGUAGCUUUGAGAACUUGCUUGAUGUUUUCUGGAAGCGCCAUGAUCCCACCACCUUGAAUCGCCAGGGGAAUGAUGUGGGAACGCAGUACCGGUCAGGCAUAUACUACUACACAGAGGAGCAAGAGAAGUUAGCUCGUGAAUCUUUGGAGAAGCAGGAGAAGAUCUUGAACAAGAAGAUUGUUACUGAGAUACUUCCCGCCAAGAAAUUCUACAGAGCAGAAGAAUACCACCAGCAAUACCUGGGUAAAGGCGGUAGCAUGGGUCGCAGACAAUCAGCUGAGAAAGGUUGCAACGAUCCAAUCCGAUGUUAUGGUUAAGAGACUAGUCGGUCGCUCAAGCACAUAAAUGAGGAGUCAUCUCAUGAAAGCUCACUACUCUGUAGAUAACAUUCGUGUCUUGUAAUAUGCUAUUAAUUGUGAGUUAAACAUCAUAUACCUCUAUAAAUGUGUGAUACUGUAUUAGUUUUACAAAAACAACCAAAUUGAUGUGUCUAAGCAUCUUCUCUU